AUGACGGCGAUGCAAGAUAAGAAUAAAUACCUGAAACAGGCUAAGAAGGACGCUAAAGCAAGGCAAGGAACCCCAUCUAAUUCGGGAACAAUGCAGACGGACGAUGACAAAGAUUUUUUGGAUAUCAUGGCACAGAUCAUAACCGCUCCAGACCACACCGAUUUCCCCAGGCCGUCCCUCCUGCAGGACAGCGGGAGAAAGGACCUCUACGAGUUGGUUCUUGGUCUGAAAAAGGAGACGGCAAAACUCGCCCAGGAGAACAUCGAAUUAAGGAGGCAGCAAGAACACGAACACGAGCAAUAUGAAGAGACAAUUCGUGGUAUGAAGAGGGAGGCGCAGAUCUUGGCUGACGACAAUCAGAAAGUAAAGAGAGACAUGGAAGAUCGGCAAAGCGGUCUCAUGGAAGAACUGAGUCGUCUCCAAGACUGCAACAAGGAAAGGGAGAUGAAGAUCGAUCUCCUUGAGAAGGAACUGGAUCGCCUCCAAGACAAGAAUGUCCGAGAUCUGGAAGAGGGACAAAAGAAAGAGAUUGAGGCUCUCGAGAGCAAGUGUUCUCGUUUGUUGAAGGCAAUGAAGGACAAAAAUGUCUACCUUGCAGAAGCUAAGAAGGACAUUAAGAAAUUGAAGAGAGAAAUGGAAGAACAGCAAAGCGUUCUCAGGGAAGAAGUAAAACAUCUCGAGAAUGGAAACAAGGAAAAAGAGAUAAAGAUUGUUCUUCUUGAGGAAGAAAUGAAUCGUCUCCAGAAUGGAAACGAUGAAAAGGAGAGGAAAAUUGACGACUUUAAGGAAGAAAUGAAUCAUCUCCAAAUAGGAAACGAUGAAAAGGAAAGGAAAAUCGAUCUCCUUGAGAAGGAACUGAAUCGCCUCCAAGACAAGAAUGUCCAAUAUCUGAAAGAGGGACAAAAGAAAGAGAUUGAGGCUCUCGAGAGCAAGUGUUCUCGUUUGUUGAAGGCGAUGAAGGACAAAAAUGUCUACCUUGCAGAAGCUAAGAAGGACAUUAAGAGAUUGAAGAGAGAAAUGGAAGAACAGCAAAGCGUUCUCAGGGAAGAAGUAAAACAUCUCGAGAAUGGAAACAAGGAAAAAGAGAUAAAGAUUGUUCUUCUUGAGGAAGAAAUGAAUCGUCUCCAGAAUGGAAACGAUGAAAAGGAGAGGAAGAUCGAUUUCCUUGAGAAAGAAAAAAUGGAAGAAAACAGAAAAGUGGUGCUUCUGGAAAACACUGUAGCAAAUUUAGAUCACCACUUAGAGACCUCGUUGAUGAGGAUGCAGAAUCAGGAGAGACAAGGUUUAUACAUGGAAGCAGAAAUGGUUGCCCUGAAAGAAGACAUAGCAAGACUGGAGGAGGAAAAGGAGCAACUGGAGAGCUCUCUGGCCUUAUCUCGUCUAGAAUUGGACAGAAUACUGGCCCUGAGGGAAGGUCCAACUGCCAGUCCAAAUGAAGAGGCACCCGGAAUCUCACCCCGGGUGGAGGAGGAGGAGAAGGAGAGGGACUCUGACAGUACAGCCAAGAAGGGUCAAGAAGAAGGAGCCAAUAAUGAAAAGGAAGACAGAGGCACAGCAAAAUAUAGAAGAUUGCUGAGCGAAAUAAGAACAUUAAAAAAAGGACAGCAACUACUUUGGAAACAGGUCCUCGAAGGGGAGCAAAAAUACAAGGAACUGGGGAGCGUUGCACUAAGUCUCCAAAGGAAAGAGAACAUGAAGGACAGGAGAUGA